AUGUCUGAGCCUUCGACAAUCAAAGUUGAACGCCUACCUGACGAACUGACCGCGGAGGCGGCGGAGGUAAUGGCUCACGCGUUCGCAGACGGUCCCAUAUACACAUACAUCUUCCAGGGCACGCGAGAAUAUCGCAUCGAGUUACUCACGUGGCUAUUCGAGCGCAAUAUCAUCGCCAUGCGGAAUAAGGAUGCAGACGUGGCGUUGUGUGUACGUGAUUCGAAAGCCAGUGAUAAUAAGGGAGGUAAACAAUUGUUGGCGACGUUUAUGCUGGUGCGAGAGGGUUUCUCUCUGAACAAAUGGGACAUGGUGAAGAUCGGGUUGCUAAGCAUGCCAUAUAAGGCAGGGCUGGCUGCCACGGGGCGCAUGCUUCGUGUGUUGGACUGGUUUAAGGAGCGCUAUGUAACUUUUUUCAAUCCUUAUGAGAAAAGAACUGGGAAAGAGACUAUAAUUGAGAAAGCAACGGUAGAAAAAUCAAGUACACAUAUUACGAAAAAAAGUGUACAGGGUGAGUCAGAAUCUGAUGUGGUUGAUGAAGGUGUGCUGGCGGGUAUACACUCCCGCAUACGCAGCAUUUAUGACAAUACAUAUGCGAGUGAUAACCGAAAUACAAAUCCAAGAGCUUGCCGCUACACACUUGAACGUAUGACUGUUAGACCCGAGGCCCAGGGGAUGGGCGUAGGAAGUAUAUGUCUGCAAUAUAUAGUGAAUUUCGUUGACGGGACCGAUUCUGUCAUUAGGUUGGCCACUCAGAAACAACGUACCUGUGACUGGUAUCAAUCAAACGGAUUCAAUAAGACCGUAGGCACGGAUAUUUUUUACACCGAGGAUGGAAACGGGAUAAAGAGCUGGUUCAUGGAGUGCUCCUCCGUCGAGUAA